GAGCGAAGCACGCACCACAACAAUAAUGGCGGAUGGCCGGAUUGGCCGUAUCGGGAAUUUCUCUGGUAUUUAUGAAUCAGGCGGAUGAAUGAAGUGUCCUCAGUGACAGCAGUCUUUCCGACCCUCCGUUGACUGGUAGGCACGACGACGCAGCCGGCAUGGGUCUGAAACGAGGGAGCACGGGCAGCCUGCGGGCUGAGCUGGCCCAGAUCGCCUCGCGCCUCCGCCGCGAGCACCUCUUUGUCGACUCGGAGAAGCGAGAGUUGCAGCGCCUCAACGAGCGCGUCCAGCGCCUCGUCGAGCGCCUGCAGCACCUCUCCUGGAUCUGGAGGCACCAGCGCAACGCCCUGGACGCCCUCGUGCUCGGGCGGGAAGGAAGCCCCGCCUCCUGUUGCCAGCGGCUAAACGCACUCGAAGCCGCCUGCUUCGUGGACUCGUACCGGGCGCUCGGGGCCCACGACAAUGCCUAUGCGGUGCUCCUGCGGGGCCUGAGGCAGGAGCCAGCGUUGGUAGCCGUCUGUCUGGUGCGCGGUCCCUCAGAGUCACUCCGGGCGGCGGUGGACAUCUUGGUAUCGUGCGUUUACGGGUGCGGGACGCUUCCCGAGGACCAGAGCCUAGUCUUGGGCCUGCUGCGGGAGCUGAUGGUGCUGCAGCUCGAAGGGUGCGACAACGUCCGACGUCUGCUUCAGCAUGGGUCAUGCGCCUUCAGCAGGGUCUACAAGGCCUUCACCGAGGGGCUGCCCGGGGCACAGCUGUUCCUGACGUCGGCGUUACGGUCGGCGCUCAUUCAGGUCUUGGUGGACGACGACCUGUAUCUGGAUAUUGACCCCAGCAAAGCAGUGGUGCGCUUCCCAGCCGAGGAACGCCUGCGGCACUUUGGAUCCAGGGAUUCUGCUGACUAUGCACGGCGCCUGGGCGCCUACCGCAGCUGGACCCUGGAGCGCCUAGCCAGGCUCGCACAGGGUUUUGUGGAGGGGCUGCGCAGUUCGUGGCUGUGGUUCCCCCCGGCGCUGGCCUCCCUGGUACGCCGCCUCCACUCCACGCUCACCCAGGGUGGAGGGGCAGGGGACGACCCACGGGCCGGAGUGGUGUGUGCCGACUUGGUCUUUGCCUUCUUCGUCUGCCCCGCUGUCGUCAGCCCCGAGCUGCACGGCCUGGUCGACACCCACAUUAGCGCCAUCGCCCGCUUCAACCUCAUGCAGGUGGCCCAGAUCAUCCAGAUGCUGGCCCUGGCGCGCUGGGAGCGUCCCGACCCCCGGCUGGCUGACCUAUACGACCGGUUCCCCAGGGACUGCGUCUCGUCCCUGCUGGACUCCCUGCUGGGGGAGGCGGCACCGUCCGGCCCCUCCUCCUGCUCCUCCUCCCAAGGAGCGGCCUCUUCUGAGGCUGGCUCCUCCCACCAGCAGGGGGAGCUCGCGCGGGCCGCCUUCCUCGCCACGGAGGCGGAACUUGCGACAUUGGUGUCCUUCUUGCGGGGAGUUACCUGGCCGGCGGAGGAGUGUUCCCAGCAGAAAGUCCUCGAGUCACUCCUGGGGCCUUUGCCACCCCCGACGGAUGCCCCAAAGAGGGUCCCAACCAAAGUGUCCACACCGAAGAAAGGAGACGGUGAAGAUGAUUCUGGAGCUUGCGAAUCCCAGCCCGAAGAAGUGCUCGUGAUUCCUAUGCCAGACUUCAACUUCGAAUGUCCGGGCAUGUUGAGCGAGGACAAGGUCCUCAGCUUGGAGCAGCAGAAGCGCCAGACACGGGUGCGGAUGAACGUCGAACGGGCCGUGGCGGAUGCCUGCGACGGUGGCGGCGUAGAGACGAUUGAGAAACGCACAAGGUUCUCCCUCUCCCAGGACCAGGAGUCCAUCGGCACGAGUGACAACUUGGAAGCGGUGUCGGAGGGAGCCUCCAACCAUUCCGUGGCAUCGUCCUUGGAACUCGAGAACGAAAACGACAACUUUUCGGACAUGGUGUCUGCUAAUGUCAGUGGACACGGCACGCCGAACGUGAGUGGAAGGGACACUCCUUCGUCUCAAGUGGAGGAGGAAGAGCCUAUGGAGCGCCCACCGACCAAUCAGAACCAGGCUGACAUCGAGGACAAGUUUGGGAAAUUCGAAAUCAGUCCUGCAGCACCUGUCCAAGGAGACGAGACCAAGUCCAUUGUGAGCGACACAUGGAGCACCGACGUGCUGGCCAGCGACUCUGAGAUGCUGGACCAAGUGAACCUCACUUCCCGCUUCCAAACUCUGGAGUCUCAGCUGCAGUCUGCACUGGAGAUUGGGGACACGGGCAGCGAUGCCUGGAGCACGGACGUGACUGCUUCGGACAAUGAACGUCUUCAAGACGUAGACACGGACGACACGGGCAGCCUUGCUCGCUCCGACGACACCAGGUCGGAGGUGUCCGGGGGCGGGGACGAGGAGCUUGCCUUGCCUCCCGUGCUGGAGCGCCACGCCCACCGCCACGCCCACCACCACCACCACCACCACCACCGACACCACCGGCGGAGCAGCCUCAAGCUGCCUCCGCAGUCGCCCAAGCAGCUGCUCUCCCCCCAGCAGCCCCUGGGGGCACACGGGGGAGGGGACUUUGCCACCACCCUGCUGUCGCCCCUCAGCCCCGGACAGGGGGUGGGGCCCGCCGGAGAGGCCGGUGCUCUGCCGUCCCCACAAAGCCACUCCGCGCAGGGCCAAUCCACAGACGGAGUGGACAGUGGCAUGUCAUCCGCGAAGACAUCCGCCGGCGCACCCCUGCAGCCGUCCGACAUGAGCCUGUUUGACCCGUUGGCGGUACAAGUGGAGCUGCGCCACCCUGAGCGGCUGCGGUGCCAGGACUCGGCUCUGGGAGCAGAGGGUGGGGAGGAAGACGUGACGCCCACGGGAACUCAGGCCACGCCCUCCCCGUCCGGGGGGAGCGGCCUGGGCAGGAGUGGCUCCGCCUCUCCGGCCCGCAGGGACCGCCUCUCCCCAGGAGGUGGGACCUCCCCGACCUUGGACGGCAUGCAGAGCCUGGGCCGGCUCAGCCUGGCGGUCAAAGAGCUGCCCGAGGAAGAAGCCCUGCUCCUGCUGCAGGGCGACGAAGAAACAGCAAAGGCCGCCACGGGAGGGGAAGACGAUCGCACCGGAGACAAGCGCAGCAAGAAUUUCUUUAAAUCUAAGCUGUCUCAGUUCCGGUUUAGCUUCAAGCCAAAACAGAGGAAAUCUAAUGAGGGAACUCAGAAUGGUCCUGACUUGCAGCGGUCGUUUUUGCCCGACGUUGGUUCAGAGGCGGCAGACAUCCUGGAGAAAUACCGGGGCUGCACGACCAGCGGCGGCGGAAGCAACGGAGUGCCCACCUCCCCAACGCACCAGCAGACUCCCCAGGGGGCGGGAUCUCGGGGGGCGGGGUCGUCGGAAGUCCCUCCCACCCCUGGGGCGGGGCUGACCAAUGGCAAUGAAGAAUCGCUUCUGGAGGAUGCGCAGCGGAAGCUUAGAUUGGUCCUCGCGCUGGCAGACCUGCCGUCGGGUGGACCCCAGGAGCCGGUGGCUUUGCUGCAGGGCCUCCUCGCCCAGGCGACGCUGCUGCAGCACAAGGCCCUGGUCUCCCACGUCCACGAGGCUCUCAGGUGCCUGCGCCUGCUCGACGAGCUGCAGUGCCUGCGGGUCCUCAGGGGCUUGGAGGAGGAGCACCGUCGGCGUGCCCCGUACGUGGCCUACCUGGUGCGCUGCCGCCAGGGGCUGCUGUCCCUGCAGGCCCAGCUGGAGAUGCAGCUGCGUCGCACCCAGCGGGACCGAGACGUAUGCCAGACCCACCUUGCCACCCUGUGCGUGCGCCACUUUCUCGACCCCCGGGAGCACCACCUGCAGACUUUCAGCCGCUCCUUCCAGGGACUCACCGUCGGGGAUGAGAAGGCUCAACUCGUGGAGAAGUUCCUACAGUUCCUAUUCCGUGGAAUGGAAGUGGACCCAACUUGGCAGAUGGCCAGUGACCUACAGAUGAGCCUUGCCCAGCACACCAUCGAGAGAGCCAUCAUGAGCCAGAUCUACGUCCACGCGCUGUACCCCAAUGGCGAUGGAGACGUCCUCAGGGACCAAGUUCUCCACCAACACAUCCAGAAGCUGUCGCGGGUGGUCACGGUAGACCACCGAGACCUCCGGAUCCCGCGCGCCUACCACGCGGAGUGCCCGUGGCCCAGUGCGCAAGCCCACCUGGGCGCGCUCGCAGCCCACAAGAGUCCCCGGGACAAGGUGGCCUGCGUGGCGGCCUGCUGCUCGGCCCUCAUGAGCCUCCUCUCCCUGGCGGGAGGUGUGCCGGCGGCAGACGACCUCAUACCCGUCUUGGUGUAUGUCCUAAUCCAAGCCAAUCCACCGCACCUGCUGUCCACGGUGCAGUUUGUCAACACAUUCCACCAGGAGCGCUUCGAGGGCGAGGCUGCCUACUGGUGGACCCAGUUCUGUUCGGCUGUCGAGUUUAUUAAGACCAUGGACUAUUGAGGACUUGCGGACACAUAGAGCGUAGCACCAUCCUAAAGGUGUGGGCAGCACCUUGCAAGACAGGGGCUCCGGCUGAACGGGUGUAUGCAGCCGUGGCCAUUGGGUCAAUGUUCGACGUCACACCGUCGACAAAUUCGUCCUCAUCGGCACAAUGUUGCCGUUUCAAUAAUGCGGCAAAUUGAGGCUCGGGAUGGCCAAAGAUUGCGGAGUUUAGCGUAUCUCGGCACUGUCUAGUAAUUCAUCUUUGGCGAAAAUGGGGUAUACUAUAGGUUUAUCGUUUCGUUUGCUAAUCAAUGUUUUGUGGAAUUCAAAGGAUUAUAAUGGGUGCAGUCCCUGUGAGUUAUGUCUCUUGGUGGCUUACGCUGGGAUAGCAACUGGGUUUGCUGUAACCACGCUAACUGCUUACAGUAAUGAUAACUGAGCCAAUCAAUAGAUACUAUUAUAUGAUGGUAGGUGAUAGUACUUGGAUUUUGCUUUUUGCAACAUUCAUGGGCUCAUACGUGCUCAUGGGGGCUGCUGUUGAAUUUAGAAAGGGAAUGGCCGGCUCCAGAGAAAGUGGAUUUUAAAAUGAGAUUAUUUCUGCUCAUCAUAUCCUCUGUCACUACCUGUUGACUGCUCAACUGCUCCGGAGUUCUCUGGUCCCUCAUUUUGGUUACUGGACUAGCUGGCUGGAAGUAGGUCCUUAGCUAUCUCACUGUUCCCUGGUUAUUACUAUGGAUAGUGGCUUGUUUUUUUUGUUUACUAUAUAACAUAACUUUGUUUGGAAUUUAUCAUUGGAGAUAGUUUUUGUUAAACAGGAUAUGGGAAAGAGCAAAGCAUAUAAGGAGCACUAAGGGGUUGUUUAAGGACAAUUAGCUAUUUGCCUGACCACUGAAACAGCAAAUUAUUUCUCUAUAAAUGUGUUUGCAAUUCUAGAUCCUGCUCUUUUUACUGUUUACGGAAACACUUAAAUCUAACCAAGCAAGAACUGUUAUGUUUCUUGUGUUUUGUUUUUUUGUAAAGCAUUGUGUGGUGCUCUUAAUUGGAAUGCCGAUUUGCUCUUUUUUGUAGUUGACUACUCCUUCCAAAAUAGUUGUGAGGCUCCGAAGGAAAGAGUACUUCUCAACAUCUUAUCCACUUGAAGGAGUGCCUCAUCUGCAAUGUGGGAUUUUCUUAAUGUGGACACAUAAAAUUGUUGUGAACAUUUAUUUAUAUUUAAUUUAGGACUCAAAUGACGGUCACAAUGCUGACUGCAGUUGUAAUGCACACAUGCUACCAGCUUACAAUGGAACCAAAGUUUGUGCAGACAACCACUCUUAUUAUUUACCUUUGGAGAGAUUGAUGCUAUAAAUUAACAGUUUGCGAGGCUUGCGACGAUCUGAAAGGGAACGGCCUUGGCAUAUGAUCACUGGUAGUGUACCAAGCUUCUGUGAGAUUGCAAUGUUGUGUGGCUUGUACGGGAUUUUUCUGUAAAGCAAUCUAUCCGUUUUCCCAAUCUCUAAAGGCAAAACUGGGACCUCAGUGUUGUUCCGUUUCAUAUCCUGGUGGCAUUAUACACUCUCUGGGAAGAAAGUGCUGUGUUGGAACAGAGGUUUCAGAAGUGCAAAUAUUUUCUAAGCUGCCUUUUUUUUUUGGUUUGGGAGGGAAGGAGCAACCUUUGUAUAGACUAUAUAGUUUUUAACAAACUGACAGAAUUGUGUGGAAUCAUGGGAUUCAACCAUUCAUAGCUAUGUAAAUAGGUUCUACAGGCCGCUGAGCACGUCUGAAAAGUGGCUAUAAAAAGUUUCAAACCGACGCUAGAGGUUGGAAUUGCGAUGCUGUAAGAAUGCGCAUGGUCAGUUUGACUCUAGUAUUUUGCAACUGGGUGGGAGUUACUUUGUAUGGCACAGUCGGCCGCCACUGUGAGAAAGUAGAUUGCUGUUCCGGGAGAGAAAAUUAUAUAUGACUUUAUGAAUAAUAGAGAUGUAGACAUUUAUUUUUUAUUAAUAAAGUGGUAAAAAUUUAGGUUUGCAAUACUUGUUAGUUUUCUUGUUUUUCCUGGACUAAGGUUGGCACUUUCUUGUGACCAGAUUGACAUAUACACUGAGCUUGGAGGUGGAAUUUUGUUUGUUGUGGGUUUUGGUGAUGUGUUGUGGCGUUCCAGACAGCUGCAGAUUUGAAUGUCACCUUGGAAGCAUUGUAAAAAGAUGUGUGCAUAGUGUGUCAAAAAGAGCAAGGUGAAAGUCGUAUGAAUGUCGUAUGAUCAUUCCACUGCACCACAUCUGCUGGGCUGAGGGGUAAUGUGGUUGCAAAGAUUUUGUACAGACAAGUAGUCACGAUAAAACUGUUGCCUUUAUAAAAGGUUUAUGUGGGUUCUUGAUGAAAGACAUCCAAUCGAGUCUAAAGCAGAUCCCUUGCAUAGAUGUGAACUUUCAGUAUCCUGUGUCACUACACACUUUAAUUUUUCUUCUGACCUAACUGUAUUUCAACAGGUUAUGCAACUAUAUAUUAGUCUCUAGUUAUAACCUUUCUAGCACCGCUUUACUGGAGUUAUUUCUUGGAAUCUGUGUAAUUCUGAUGGAUUGUUAAAACCUAUUGAACCGAGAUUACUUCAUCUUCACUGCAGCGAUCUUUCUGAGCAAUAUUUGUUUUAUAUGGCACUUUUGUUGAGACACUAAUCUAGUACAAUGAACUGCCCUCGAGUGUACCAGCAGCUUGGAAGCAAAGUUCAAAGAAAUUUAGGGGAAAUUUAGUCAAGAGGUGUCUAUAUCUGUCUGUCUGUCUUUCCUUCUUUUUCUUUUUUGAGUAAAUAUUGUUAACAAAAAUAAA